AUGGGGUUGGCGGAGCCUAGAAAGCGCCUCAAGAUCUCCCAUGACCCUCGCAACCUCUCAUGGUCUCAGUCGUCCUCCUUCGGCCAACGCCUGAUGGCCCGACAUGGCUGGAAAGAAGGGCAGUCGCUCGGCAAUCGUGACACCGUACAUAUCGACCUCAAUGAUGCAGAACGCUUAGCAGCAGCUCGCGUGGGUGUACUGUUCAAAGACGACAACCUAGGACUCGGCGCAACGAGAAAGAGUACGGACGUCGAGGGUCAACGGACCGGUCUCGAUGCGUUCCAGGGAUUGCUGGGUAGAUUGAAUGGUAAAACGGACGUGGAGUUGAAGAAGGAAGAGAAGAAGCUUGAGGAUCGCAAGCUGGAAAUGCAUGUUCGUGGACGAUGGGGUGGAAUGGUCUUUGUCAGAGGCGAGGUUCUGGUUGGAGAUCGCAAUGAAGAAGACAAGGAAGAGACAGUUGACGUGGAGGAUACAGAUGCCCGGACAAAGCAUCUACUGCAGCAAAAUACGAUUGACAAGGAGUCCAAGGAGAAAUGGAGGAGGACGGAAGAAACGCGAGAGCGGAAAGAAGCAAAGAGGCUGAAAGGGAGAGAGAACGCCCUGAGGAACGCUGCCCGGCAAGCAAAGCGAGAAACACGAAACAACAGCGACGACGAUGAUGAAAACAGGGUUGAUAUCCCCAUAGAACCGCUUCCAGUUCACAAAUCCCCACCCAGCCAACCACCCGAUGAACCCGUCUCUUCUUCAUCUUCCGGCAGCGAAGCCGAGAAAAAAGACAAAGACAAAAUAGAGAAACGAAAACGGUCUGCAGAGUUCGAACUACAAAUGCCAGUUCCGAGCGAGAAGCUCAUUACGGCGAUGACGAUGAAGAACGGCCGCCAUGUGCUCAGAGGGCGCAAUAUUCGGGCGAAAAGAAUGGCGUUUGCGGAUCUGAAGGGCCUGGACGAAAUCUUCAUGAAAUAA